AUGAAGCCGACGUCUAGCAAUGCUAAAAUUGAGAAUGGUAUUUCACACGUGAUCGAUAAACCUGUCGGGUCACAGUCGCUCGUAGUCGAUAAAAUGCUUAAAGUAGUGUGGGGUAAAUGCUCUGCGUCUUCUCUUGCAUCUACAUGUGUUUGUGUUGCGAGAAAAUGCUUAAUUGAUAACAUGCUCGCUUGUUUGCUGCUAUUUGAUGCAAUUGUGUACACACGUGUAAUCCAUGCAUCGUCUCGUGCUGAUAUCACAUCAUUGAGAUAA